AUGGCGUCUGCAUCAGGGGAGCGGGUGUUAUGUUCUCGCUGCGCCCGUCCUUGGCAGUCCAGUCGAUAUAAAACUUGCUCUCGCUGUCGGGAGCUGCAACGAUACCGGCUGUCCACGUCCAAAAUCCAAGCUCCCACCGCGGUGCCGUCUUCGCUUCCUGCUGCUCCUACUGUUCGUCCGUCGUUUACAGACGCCGCCCUUUCUGAACAGCGUGUGCUCUGUUCGGGCUGUGCGCGACCUUGGCAAUCUGCUCGGUAUAGGGUCUGUGAUGACUGCCGCCAUAAAGCUCGAAUGCGGCGGCGGCGGCAUCGUCCGCUGCCUGUACAUGCUUCGGUUAACCCUGACGCGCAAGGGGAGCCCCCGCUUCCUUAUAUCCGUCAACCGCCUAUUAUUCCAGUGCAACCUGUAUGGUGGAAACUCCUUGCCCAGGCUGCAGUCCGGCCCUUCUCUCAGGACUGGUCAAGGGACUACUCCUUCUGCGGUGUGCUCCUUCUUUCCACUGAGGCUGAUGGCUGGUGCUGUCGGCGAGGCCGCAGACGCUUACCUCACCUACCACCAUUCACGCCAGCUGUGCAGUCUCUCCUGGACCGGUAUCAAGGCAGUGUGUCUGCCAUGAGCCGUCGGCUCAAUAACCUGUUUGCCUUCUCCGCCAUCGGCACCACUGGCCAAUUCGUUCGAUUCCAAGGUCAAGCGAACGUGGUCCUAGAAGGCCGGAUCUACCACCGUUUGCUGGAUGUCGCGGAUACGGGUCACAGCAUGCACUGGUUUCUUUAUGACGAGUCCGAACGAGGUCUACGGGCAAGGGAUCAUGACAUCCCUAAUGACAUUCUACAUGGGAUACGCGAGUUUCUCGGUCUGGUUAAUCCCUAUGUGCGGACCUUGCGGCACGCCGUCAGUCAGGUCCCGGACCAAACAGUCGCCCUCGCUGUUGAGCUCUCUAUCCCGCCUGCGGGUGGUGAGCUCGCUGCAGUUAUCACUACGGAAAAUCUCCGCCGCGUAGCCCCGCGACAGGUCGUCUUUUACAGAAAAGGUGGCCAGCAGCCACGGUUCGUUCCAACCCUGUCUUGCCAGUACGAGCCGCUGCAAUAUCCACUUCUCUUUCCACAUGGCACGCGAGGUUGGGGCUUUCUCGACGAGUCCCGGAAAAACAUACCUUGCACGCAGAUCCAAUGGUACCGCCACCUGUUCCUGGGCGAGCCACGCAUGCGGAUCUAUGGCCGUUUGGCGUGUGAAUAUGCUGUGGACAUGUUCUCGCGGACGGAGGAGGAGCGCCUGCACUAUCUCAAACGGGGCCGACGCAUGCAAGCUGCUGCCAUGGAUGAGGCUCCAAAUCCUGACAUCCCCGAUCUCUUCGAGAACAAAAUCCCUGCCGGUUUCAUGGGGUCCCGGGCCUGGGCUUCGGACCAGGUGGCUGACUCCCUCGCGAUCGCGCGACAGCUGGCCACGCCGUCACUGUUCCUCACCAUGACGACAAACCCUAACUGGCCCGAGAUUCAGUCCCAGUUGCUCCCAGGCCAACAUUUCACAGACAUCCCUGCGGUGGUGUGCCGUGCAUUCCACGGACGACUCUGUGGGCUGAAGGCCUUUAUGAGGGAGAAAUUUGGAGGCCUCCUGUACGAGAUAUGCGUUACAGAGUUCCAGAAACGGGGUCUACCACACGCGCAUCUGGUCGUUAAGCUCCAACAUGAAUUACCUUUGAGCCAACUAGAUGGCUUCAUCUGCGCCGAGUUACCAGAUCCGGACGAGGACCCUGCCCUACAUGCAGCGAUCGGCAGAUUCCACAUGCACUCACAGAACCACUUGGACCGGUCCACGUCACGCUGCAACCGAGACGGCCGCUGCAUUUACGAGUACCCUCAACCUAUCAACAACCAGACUUACAUGGAUGAUCUUGGUCGUGUCCAUUACCGCCGACGCAAGCAGGAAGAUCGAUGGGUGACUCCUCAUGUACCCGCCCUAGUGCACCUGCUCGACUGCCAUAUCUAUGCGGACGUGUGCUCUACAGCGACGAUCUUCCUUUACCUGUUUAAGUACCUCUUCAAAGGACCCGAUCGGGCGCGCUUUGGUAUUCGGGCCCUCCACGAUGCCCGGGCAGACGGUGAGGACGACCAAAUAGAUGAGUUCAGAGACUAUAUGAACGCCCGUUACCUCUCUUCGUCCGAGGCUGUCUACCGCAUCCUCAACUUCCAUACUGUCUCCAAACGUCCUGGCGUCCGCUGCCUCUCUGUCCAUCUGGAAGGCAAGAACUUAGGGAGGAUGCACGAUCGAAACCAACCGGGUUACUCCGAGAUGAGCGACCUGUUGUGGUACUUCAAACGCCCAUCCACAGAAACCUUCUCAGGCUUGAAGUAUACCGAGUUCUUUAGCCUUUACUACCUAGAGACGGUGCCCCUGGAUGGUCCACUACACAGAGGUCAGACCCUCAUUGCUACUGUCACCACCGAAGAGGGACCAUGCCAAAAGGUGUUGCGCCGUCGAGUCCGCCAGCCUAUUGUUGUCACCCGACUUCAGACCGUCCCACUUCGUCUGAAGGAAACGUUUUACCUACGCGCACUGCUCCAGGUGCGGCCUGCGAACAGCUUCGAAGAUGUCCGCACUGUCCGGGGGCACUGCUAUCCCACAUACCAGGAGGCUGCCACUGAGUUAGGACUCUUCCAGGAUAACCACGAGGCCGUGUUCGCGAUGAAUGAAGCGAUCACAGCCUACAGCCGCGCGUCCAGCUCCGCUUUCUCUUUGCCCAGCUUCUGUCUAACCUUCCAUUUCCAGCUGUGGAACUAUGGACCCGCUUCCAGGGCGAUCUCAAUGCUGACUAUAGACUACGUCACCCUACGGCCCACGCCACAGACCUUGCCUUGCAGGACCUGGCACGCCCUCAGUGUGAUCCAUUACGAGCGGGGUCGGACGGCCCACUCGGCCUUUGGAAUUCCUGUUCAGGAGUCUGACAUGGGCUUGGUGUCUAAGGUCAGCCCCAAGUCAGGUCGUGCAGAGCUCCUACGCCAGGCCUCGCUCCUGAUAUGGGAGGAGCUGCCGAUGGCGAAGAAGGCGGUCGUGGAGUGUGCAGACCAGCUCCUUCAAGAUAUCAUGAGGAAUGACCUGCCAUUUGGAGGAAAACUCUUCAUUGGACUAGGGGACUUUCGUCAGGUGGCACCAGUCGUCCGCGGAAGUUCUGGGCCUACAGCAACUCUCAACAGCUCUAUCCGCACCUCCACGCUCUGGAACCACUUUAAGGUCCUGCGGCUGACUACCCCGGUCCGACAGGCCGGGGAUCCGGUAUACGCAAGAUGGGUGGACCAGGUAGGAGAUGGUGUACGCCCCUAUGAGACAAGUGUGCCACUGCAUCACUUGCAGCAUCUUGACGACCUUGACGCUGCGGCAGACUUCCUCUUCCCACAAGAUUCCGUCUCUACCUCCGCCGCUGCCGUCCAGCACGCAUUCCUUAGCCCGUUUAACGCGCGCGUUGAUCUUUUUAAUAAGCUCAUCUUAGAACGGUUACCGGGGCGUGCAGAAACCUAUUACAGUCAUGAUACGAUUAAAGAACUAGACGAUUCCACCUUCAAUCUCCCCACGGGUGCAGAGGCGGAUCUUCUCUCGGUAUUGAACGAGCCCGGAAUCCCCCCGCAUGAGCUCUCACUCAAAAUUGGCGCCGUUGCUAGCGUGAUGCGGAAUCUCUCCAUCGAGAAAAACUUGGUCAAAAACGUGAGGGUCCAGGUGGUUAAUCUGCUACCAAAUGUCGUGCAGGUACGGUUGCUGCAACGAGCAUGCACGCCUGGCACUGAGUCGCCGACGUUCUACCUGCCACGGAUCACAUUCGAGUUUCGGCCUCACCGCGCGAAUUGGACGGUGCAACGGCGGCAAUUUCCGCUGCGUCUAGCUUAUGCCACCACCUUCAACAGCUGCCAGGGACUCACCCUGGACCGGGUUGUGCUAGAUCUCACCCUGCCCGUCUUCGCCCAUGGCCAACUUUACACUAGCUUAUCCCGCGUCCCCUCUGCCGUAGACAUCCGUAUUCUCCGAGACCCAAAUGACAUAGAGCAAGACACCAUUAAUGUCGUUUAUCACGAAUUGCUACUGCCUCUGUGA